UUAAAACUUGUAAAGAAGCAUCCAUUGUACCUGACGAUUCGUACGAUAGAACGGGUCCACUUACUCUGUGCAAUUAUCGGCCGCUGGUUGUUGCCGCUUUACGGUAUCGGCACCGAUCAGAUCACUGAGUUGCUGCUCAUCAACAUUGGCACCGCUGCUGACAUCAUUGACCUCUUCGAGGCCUUCAGCGAGGAAGCCGUUGUCAAACAUUUCUCCCUACAAGUCAGCAUCCUUUGCUUAUGGCAAGUCAGCCUUCUGCAGUUUUGCUUUAAUAAGACCGCCAGACUUGAGGCCAGCACACCAACCGUCGUGGAACAUCCACAGACGCCAGACAGUGGUCAGCAUAACCCCUUUCUGGCAUCCGCGACAGGCGACACCAACCAAAACUUUAACUUGCCAAGUUGCAUAGGAAAGAAGACUCGUCGGUCAAGCUCCCAGUCUGACACGGAAUCACAGGUGCAGAGCUCUUCAACGACAGACAUCGUUCAGUCAAGCUCUCUGCAUGAAACGGAAUCACAGACGCAAAGCUCUACAAUUCAGGAGAUCAGUGAAGCAAGCUCCCUGCAAGAAACGGAAUCACAGACCGAAUCGAGCGAUUCUAUAGACGGAGACUGCUGUUGUUACGGUUGUUUCUGGCGUAAUUACUAUACUCUACGUGGUCAUUUUGUUGAGGUCAUCUUCGGAACGGAGUUAUGGACCAUUAUUAUGACUCUACUGCUCCAUGAUAUACCUUUUAUGUGCCUAAGACUCACUCUGAUUUUUGCCUUUGCUGUGCGCAGUUAUCAGAACGUCUUUUUCGUUGCCAAGAACAUGGUCCUUGUUCUGGCCCAGAUCUUUCGGUGCUACACCCUGCUACGAGCUUACAUUUCUAAGCAGCAGUUGCUUGAACAAGGCCGCCUCUUACGCCCACGAUAA